CCCGGGAGUUCCCGAGUAUCGCGAGAAGCGCGUUUGUCUGCACGUCGAGGUACGCUCUGUGGCCGGUGUUUUCUGCGUGAGAGGAAAAGAUGCUAGAACCACAGGAGAAUGGCAUGAUUGACCUACCAGAUUAUGAGCAUGUAGAAGAUGAAACUUUUCCUCCUUUCCCACCUCCAGUCUCUCCAGAGAGACAAGACGGUGAAGGAAUUGAGCCUGAUGAAGAGUCAGGAAGUGGAGCACUUGUUCCUGUACCUCCAAAGAGAACAGUUAAAAGAAAUAUACCCAAGCUGGAUGCUCAGAGAUUAAUUUCAGAGAGAGGACUUCCAGCCUUAAGGCAUGUAUUUGAUAAGGCAAAAUUCAAAGGUAAAGGUCAUGAGGCUGAAGACUUGAAGAUGCUAAUCAGACACAUGGAGCACUGGGCACAUAGGCUAUUCCCUAAACUGCAGUUUGAGGAUUUUAUUGACAGAGUUGAAUACCUGGGAAGUAAAAAGGAAGUUCAGACCUGUUUGAAACGAAUUCGACUUGAUCUCCCUAUUUUACAUGAAGAUUUUGUUAGCAAUAAUGAUGAAGUUGCGGAAAAUAAUGAACAUGAUGUAACUGCUACUGAAUUAGAUCCCUUUCUGACAAACUCAUCUGAAAGUGAGAUAUUUACUUCUGAGUCAAGUAGAAGCCUAACAGAAGAGCAACAACAAAGAAUUGAGAGAAAUAAACAACUGGCCUUGGAAAGAAGGCAGGCAAAGCUGCUGAGUAAUAGUCAGUCCCUAGAAAAUGAUAUGUUAAUGAAUACAGCCAGGGCACACAUGGUUGAAGAGGUUAAUACUGAUGAGGAUUAAAAGGACGAGUCAAAUGGAUUAAACGAAGACAUUCUAGACAAUCCAUGUAAUGAUGCUAUUGCUAAUACUUUAAAUGAAGAGGAGGAAUUAAAAUUAGAGGAAACACUGCUGGACCAGUCUUUUAAAAAUGUGCAACAGCAACUUGAUGCUACAUCCAGAAAUAUUACUGAAGCUAGAUAAGUUUCCAUUAAGAGAAAAUGUAUCUGUUAAGUCAUCAUCCUGCAAGCUUGGCAUUACUAUGUAUUUUUUCUUCUUGGAGUGAAAAUCCUUAGGUAGUAAAACUUUUACAGAUUAUUGUUUAAAAUCUGAUAAUCUGGUAUUUAUUUAUAAUUAUGCUUGUCACUUUAGUUAAAUCUAUUUGUUCUCUUUAGUGUUUGUUUUUAUAUAGAUAUUUCUUCAUAAAAUGAUUAGUAGGUAAU